AUGACACGGCUGUUAGAUUGUGUGAUUGUCGGCGGAGGCCCGGCCGGCCUCUCUGUCGCCCUGGGCCUGUGUCGGGUGCGGCGCACGGCGGUGAUUCUCGACUCUGCCGAGUAUCGCAACGCCCAUUCCCCCGAGAUGCACAAUGUCCUCACCUGGGACCACCAGAACCCGGCGGCUUACCGAGCGGCUGCCCUGCGCCAGAUCGUCGACGGCCGCUACGACACGGUGCAGUAUGCCCAGACCCGCGUCGAGUCGGUCGUCCAGGACGGCGAGGGCGUCUUCGUCGCCACGGACAGCACGGGCACGACCUGGUUAGGGCGCACGCUGGUCAUCGCCACGGGCAUCACCGAUGUCAUGCCGGGGAUCCCGGGCUUCCGCGAGUGCUGGAAGAACAUGAACAUAUAUCAUUGUCCCUUCUGCCACGGAUAUGAGAAUUCCGGCGCGGAAUCCGCGGCCAUCAUCGCCGUCGACAAUAUGGCCUCUCCCAUGGGCGCCCAUUUUGCCAAGCUGUUCUCGCGCUUCGCCAACAAGAUCGCCGUCUACACCCACGGCAACGAGGCCAUCGAGCCGACCUUUGCGGCCGUCGUCGCCGCCAACCCAGCCAUCCAGCUCGAUCACCGGCGGCUCGCCCGUUUGAUCCCCAGCGCAGAGCCGGGCGGCAAACCCUCCGUCCAGCUCGAGACCGGCGAGGUCGUCACCCACGACUUCUUCUCGCACCAGCCCACGGCAUCGCCCAACAUCGCCUUUGCCAAGGGGCUCAAUCUCGCCCUGGCAGACAGCCAAACCGAGCUGAAAACAGACCAGCCUUUCUUCCAGACCAAUGUGCCCGGCUGUUUUGCCUUGGGCGACAUCGCCUCCCCUUUCCGGACCGUCACCGCCGCGGUUUCAGCAGGCUCGGCCGUCGCGGGGGGGAUUGCCAAUCGUCUAUAG